CUCCCCGAGUUUGGUGCCGGGUGUUUGACGUGGCAGUCUCCCGAUAGACUCCUCGGUACUCGGUCCGCUCGGUGUCAUCGCUGCCUUACAGGUUGUUGCUGUUCUUUAUUUUUGGAAUGAAAUACAUCUAACAGGAUGAGCCAGCAGGGUUAUGUUGCUACGCCUCCAUACUCGCAGGCCCAGGCGGGAAUGGGGGGAUACCCCACUGCAUUUGGGGCUCCCCCUCCACAAUCCCAUUAUGGGCAUUAUGGAGCGCCACCACACUCCUUUCCUCCACAGCCAACAGGUAUGCUCAAACCAGCUGCCUCCUCUCCUUCUGGGAUGCCUCCACCACCUGUGUCUAGCCAAUAUGGAUCUCCUAUUCAACAAAAUGGCGCACACCCACAGAAGCUCCCUCCCACUCCGGCAGUCUCUGCACCUGUCAUGUCUCCGUAUGGACAACCGCCACAAAGACCGUACCACAGCAUGACUCCGGCCACACCUCCAGCCCAACAAAUAAGCAAUCAGAUGAGUGCUAUGAACAUUGAUGGAUAUGCCCAAAGACCCAUGCAAACUCCGCAGUCUGUAGCCACACCACAGCAUUUCCAAAUGUCGCCACCACCAACAAUGGGACAUCCACCCAUGUCUCCUCCAGGCACUCAACCUCUCUCGAUGGGUACGUGUCCACCAGUGGCAGCUAGUCCACCCAUGAGUGCAUCAGGGCCUCCACCAAUGGGACUGUCUAAUUCACAGCUUCCCCCUCCUCCACUGAGUGGAGCUGGAUUCCAACAGCCACCAGCACCUCAGGGAUUUCCGCCUCAACAGCCAGGAUUAUAUGGAGGACAGAUGCCAGGGUCACCGAUGGCAGGGCUGCAGCCAGGCUCUUUCCCAGGAGGCUAUCCUGGCGGAGCUGCCAACAUGGCUGGACCUCCUCAGAAGAAACUCGAUCCAGACUCCAUACCUAGCACGAUACAAGUGAUUGAAAGUGACCAGGAUAAGAGAGGUAGUCAGGUCUACCCCACAAAUCUGAGGGGUCAAGUGCCGCCCCUUGUCACGACCAAUUUCACUGUUCAGGAUCAAGGAAAUGCUAGCCCAAGGUUCAUGCGAUGCACUACCUACUCAUUUCCCUGCACCUCUGACCUUGCUAAGCAGUGGCAAGUGCCUCUGGCGGCCAUCAUCAAACCUUUUGCCACAGUGCCAAAAAAUGAAACUCCUCUAUACAUAGUAAAUCAUGGCGAGACAGGACCCAUACGCUGUAACCGCUGUAAGGCCUACAUGUGCCCCUUUAUGCUCUUCAUCGACGGUGGAAGACGCUUCCAGUGUGGCUUCUGCAGCUGUGUUAAUGAGGUUCCUGUCCAGUAUUUCCAGCACCUGGACCAUAUGGGCAGAAGAGUGGAUGUAUAUGAAAGACCAGAGCUGUCCCUGGGUUCUUACGAGUUCGCCGCUACGCUGGAUUACUGCAAAAAUAAUAAGCCUCCCAAUCCUCCUGCUUAUAUCUUCAUGAUCGAUGUUUCCUACAACAACAUAAAGAGUGGACUUGUCAAACUGAUAUGUGAGGAACUGAAGACACUGCUGGAUCAACUUCCAAAAGAGGAGGGAGCCGAGAGCUCAGCCAUCAGAGUGGGCUUUGUCACCUACAACAAGAUCCUGCACUUCUACAAUGUGAAGAGUGCACUAGCUCAGCCCCAGAUGAUGGUGGUCUCUGAUGUGGCAGAUAUGUUUCUGCCCCUUCUGGAUGGAUUCCUGGUCAGCUUUCAGGAAUCACGAGCUGUCAUCAACAAUCUGUUGAGCCAGAUCCCUGACAUGUUUGCUGACACAAAUGAGAGCGAAACUGUUUUUGCUCCAGUUAUUCAAGCUGGACUGGAAGCAAUGAAGGCUGCUGAAUGCAGUGGAAAGCUCUUCAUCUUCCACUCCUCCCUCCCAACCGCAGAGGCGCCUGGGAAGCUGAAGAACAGAGACGACAGGAAGCUGGUGAACACCGAGAAAGAAAAGACUCUGUUUCAGCCACAGCGUGGUGUGUAUGAGCAGCUGACUAAAGAGUGUGUGAGCCAGGGAUGCUGCGUGGACCUCUUCUUGUUCCCUAACCAGUAUGUGGACUUGGCCACGAUGGGUGACAUUCCCACACACACUGGCGGCUCAGUUUAUAAAUAUAGCAACUUCCAGGUCCAGGUAGAUGGUCAGCAUUUCCUGACUGAUCUGAGACGAGAUGUGGAGAAGUCAGUUGGAUUUGAUGCCAUAAUGCGUGUUCGAACCAACACAGGUUUCAGAGCCACAGACUUCUUUGGUGCUAUUUAUAUGAACACAACUACAGAUGUGGAGAUGGCUGCAGUGGACUGUGACAAAGCAGUUACAGUUGAGUUUAAGCACGAUGACUCACUCAGUGAAGAGGCUGGGGCACUAAUCCAGUGUGCUGUGCUGUACACCUCUGUCAGUGGUCAAAGGCGACUGCGCAUUCACAACCUCAGUCUGAACUGCAGCUCUCAGCUAUCUGAGCUUUACAAGAGCUGUGAGACUGAUGCACUCAUCAACUUCUUUGCCAAGUCAGCAUACCAUGCUAUACUAAGCCAGCCAGUGCGGACGGUGAGGGAGAUCCUGGUAAGGCAGACAGCCCACAUGCUGGCCUGCUAUAGGAAGAACUGUGCUACACCUUCUGCCGCAAGUCAGCUGAUUCUGCCUGAUGCGAUGAAAGUGUUCCCGGUGUACAUGAACAGCCUGAUGAAGACUCCAGUUCUGGUGGGCAGCACUGAACUCUGUACAGAUGACAGGGCUCUCCAUCGACUUGGUGUCCUGUCCAUGGGAGUAGAAGAGAGCCAGGUCCUGCUGUACCCACAGCUCAUUCCAGUGCACUCCAUGGACGUGGCGAAUGAUUCGAUUCCGGCAGCAGUGCGCUGCUCUGAGGAGCGUUUGAGCGAGACCGGUGUGUUUUUGCUGGAGAACGGUCAGUCUAUGUUCCUGUGGCUGGGCCAGGCCUGUCCUCCUGACCUCAUCCAGAACCUCUUCAACAUGCCCUCCAUGGCCCACCUCAGUUCAGAUGCGACUACACUGCCAGAACUAGAUAACGCUCACUCAAGGAAGCUUCACUCGAUCAUUUGUGCCAUCUCCAAGCAGCGGUGCAAAUCCAUGAAGAUGGUGAUCGUGAAGCAGAAAGACAGAUCUGAGAUGCUGUUCCGCCAGCUCCUUGUGGAGGAUAAAGGCCUGCAUGGAGGAACUUCAUACUUGGAAUUCUUGUGCUCUGUUCACCGUGAGAUUAGGCAGCUUCUGACCUAACAUACACGCAGACUCAUGCACAAUUACUAGCCCCUUUAUUAGGAACAUCUGUACGCCUGCUUAGAUAUGGAUUAUCUGAUCAGCCAUUCAUGUCUCAGCACCACAAUGCAUAAUUUCAUUUAAAAAAAAAAAAUCAAGACCGGUUUGCACCAGUUUGACAGGAAAGCUGCAGUUAUUCGAACAACUACUUAAAACUGUAGCAAGCAGAAAAGCAUCUCAAACACACCGCACCUCAAGGAGGAUGGACUACAACUGCAGAAGAUCACAUCAGGUUCCACUCCUGUCAGCGAAGAACAGGAAUAUGAGGCUGCAAUCAGGACAGGCUCAAGAAAUUUAACAUUUGACGAUUGGAAAAACUUUGAUUAACCUCAAUUUCUGUUGCGACGUGUAGAUGGUAGGGUGCGAAUUUGGUAUGAAGAACAUCUCAUCUCAUUAUCUGUAGCCGCUUUAUCCUGUUCUACAGGGUCGCAGGCAAGCUGGAGCCUAUCCCAGCUGACUACGGGCGAAAGGCGGGGUACACCCUGGACAAGUCGCCAGGUCAUCACAGGCCUGACACAUAGACACAGACAACCAUUCACACUCACAUUCACACCUAUGCUCAAUUUAGAGUCACCAGUUAACCUAACCUGCAUGUCUUUGGACUGUGGGGGAAACCGGAGCACCUGGAGGAAACCCACGCGGACACGGGGAGAACAUGGAAACUCCGCACAGAAAGGCCCUCGCCGGCCACGGGGCUCGAACCCGGACCUUCUUGCUGUGAGGCGACAGUGCUAACCACUAUACCACCGUGCCGCCCCGUUCAGGCUGGUGGUGGUUGUGUAAUGGUGUGGGGAACGUUUUAUUGGCAUACAUCGGGCCCCUUAAUACCAAUCGGUCAUCAUUUGAAUGCCACAACCUAUCUGCUAUUGUUGCUGACCAUGUAUAUCCCUUUAUAGUCAGAAUCUUAUAAGGGCUACUUCCAGCAUGAUGGUGUGCCACGUCACAGAGCACAAGUCAUCCCAAACCGGUUCUAUAAACAGGAGUUCAGUGUGGCCUCCCCAGUCACCUGAUCUGAAUCUAAUAGAGCGUCUUCGGGAAGUGUCGAGACUCGCAGCGUGACUCUGCGGCUGACAAAUCGGCUGAAAAUCACGUUACGCAAUCAUGGACCAGAAUCUCAAAGGAAUAGUUCCAACAACAGCUGGAAGCCAUGCCGAGAAGAAUGGAUGACGAUGUAAGAGCUAGGGAGUGUGUGGGGGCAGGAUGGGGUGUAUUAAGGGUUAGUAUGGUGUUCCUAAUAAAGUGGUUGGUGAGUGUAUAAGGAAAUUGUGUGCAACGCAGCACACAUGAUGAACUUCUUACUAUUUCCAGAGCUGCCUUUGUGUGACUGAACAACUCCAUCAGGACUUCACAAGUGUUCUUACUUCAUCAAUUUCACUCAAAAUUCUAGUUUGGGAUUAAGCUUGGCUUGCUUGUAUGAAAUGCUAUGUAUUUGUUUCCUAAUAUAUACAAUCUUUUUUUUGUUGUUAGAUAACAUGGAGGACAAAGGAGAAUUGAAAAAAAAAUUCCCCAUAAUUUACCAAAUUACAUCUCUAAAAACCAUUUUAUUAAAUAGGUACCAAAGAAUGAGGAAAAUCUUUUAGGAAAUGCUAUUUAUUAAAGUAAUAGAUUAAACCGUUGGAUACCAUUAGAAGCGUUAGACUGGACCAUUAACUGAAAUUAAUUAAACUGCAGUUAUACCAAGCAAUUUUUUUUUCAUGAAAACUGAGAAUUGUUUCAUGCAUAACUCUCUGUACUCCUGAUUCUGUGGUUUUUUUUUCCUUCUUGAUCAUUCAAAUGCCAGUCAUGCUGUAAAUCUGUACACAGUGAAACAUUUAUUGUGAACGUUCAGCUUAAUCCAAGAAGCAAAUCAUAUCCAGCUUAAGGCAUCUUUUGUAGACGAGUUUUUUGUCACAGAGCCUGCUUCAUGGUUAUUAGAAAAUUUAAUCAAGUUCAUCAUAUUCAACAUACGUUAAUCUUUUUUUAUUGGUGUGUCAACAGAAGCAGUAUAAUUUAUUACUUCUGUGAUAUAGAUCUUUGAAAGAGUAUGGUUUGUAUGUAAACAUACCUCAGGUAACCCAGGUAGAGCAAACGCAGAGAGGUACAGUACAUGUAACUGUGUGCAGUAGUUUACAGUGUGGAAGUAAACAGAUUUUUUUUUUUUUAUUUCUGAACUUUGGGCCCAUUUGCUGAGACCAGGAUGCUGUAUCAUAUACAUUCCAGUUUAUAAAAGGUUUUUGAUUAAAA